GCGGUAUAUUAAUGGCUUUGUUAUUGUGAAAUUGAGAUUCAGUGUUUAUUUGUUGCUUUGAAUUGCAUUCAAAGCUUCAGAAUUUCGACAAUGACUUCACGAAAGCGUUGCUACAAUGGAUUAAAACAUGCAAAACAACAUAUUAUAUUAUUUUUCAUUUUAUUCGGCGUACUUUGUGGAUUUUUACUCGGCUCUUUAUUACAUGGCAAUGUUCAGUCGUCCAUAGAUCCAACACCGAAGGAAUAUGCAAUGUAUGUGUCGUUUCUUGGUGAGAUUUGGGUGAGAGCUUUAAGACUUGGUUCUUCCUUUGAUUGUAUCCAGCCUGCUUUUGGCAGUCGCUGAAUUGGAGUCAAAACAGAGCGGAAAAUUGGGAAGUAGAACAUUGCUGUAUUUUCUUAUGACUACAAUGUUUGGGGAGUAAUUUGUUUAUUUGCAUUUAACCUGGAAAUGUUAACGUGAAAGAACCAGAACCGAACGAAGAAAAAGUUGAACCAAUACAUUCUGUGCUUGAUCUUAUAAGAUAAAUCCCAUUUCACCAACAACCUAUGUUGUCAUGACAACAACAAUAAAUCAAGAAGAAGGUUUGAAAGCUUUGGAAACAUCUAUCAAAGUCAUCGAAGAAGUCAUUAUGAACAAGAAAGGAACAUUUGUUUUACAACAAGCUGAAUCACGGCAAAUCUUUGGCUCGUGGUCGAUGGUAAUUAUCGGAAUUAGCGGGAAAAACUACGUCAGAGGUCUGGUACCGACACAGAGACGCGAUUCUAGUCAUUUCUUUCUGGAUAGUAAGCCGUCCAUCGAAGCUCCUCAGUUCGUAGAUAUAUAAAAAUUGUCAAAUACCAGCUGUUAUCCUUCUGUAAAAAAUGCCUCCUUGUUUGUCAAAAUCAAUAAUGAGAGACGUCUACUUCAUUUAUCCACAAAAGAAUAAUGUUGUACCACAAUACAACCAAUGAAUGCCUCCGUGUUUGUCAAAAUCAAUAAUGAGAGACGUCUACACCAUUUAUCCACAAAAGAAUAAUGUUGUACCACAAUACAACUAAUGAAUGCCUCCGUGUUUAUCAAAAUCAAUAAUGAGAGACGUCUACUUCAUUUAUCCACAAAAGAAUAAUGUUGUACCACAAUACAACCAAUGAAUGUCUCCUUGUUUGUCAAAAUCAAUAAUGAGAGACGUCUACACGAUUUAUCCACAAAAGAAUAAUGUUGUACCACAAUACAACCAAUGAAUGUCUCCGUGUUUGUCAAAAUCAAUAAUGAGAGACGUCUACACCAUUUAUCCACAAAAGAAUAAUGUUGUACCACAAUACAACCAAACGAUCAUUGCUAUGCUCCAAAAAAGACCUGAGCGAAGUCCUUCCACUAGAACUGAUAUGUACGAUAUUGUGAGCUUGCUUUACAUGUCGAAUGAGUUGGUUAAAAAAGAGACCAUGAAAAGUGAAGGAAAAACUGCACUCUCGUUUAUUCUGUCUCAUCUUGAUGACCAAUCAAUAACAGUUUUGUUUAGAACCAACAUUAAGCAACUUUAACUGUACUAUGUUUACGAAUAACGCCUUUCCUCUUUUUCCGUACGACGAAAAAUACCUAAACGGUUGGUUUACGCAGAAUUGUUCACGUUCUAAUGAUGCAAAGGGCAAAACUAAUCAAAAAGUAAAGAUUUUUAAUGCAAGCAACAAAGAUGAAGCAAUUAGAGGUAUCAUCGAGGUUGAAAGUUUGAAGAAAGACGAAGACGAAAAUACUGAGUUAUAUUUCCAUGGCACUGAUCAUUCGUCUGCUCAGAAUAUUCUCGAGAAUGGUAUUGAAUUAAGUAAAGAUGGUGAAAAAUGCGACUUGUCGCAUAGAAAUGGUUUCUACAUGGCAAAUGAUUAUGAAUACUCGUUAACACAAUAUUGUAAUAUAACAGAAGCAGCCCUUCUUAUUUUUUGUUUACGCCAAAAUAAUAUGAACGAUUUCAGAGAAUUGUACUUAUGUGGUAAUCGCAAUAGACGAGACUUUGCUACAGUUACACAAUACUUUAAUGCUGGAAUGAAAGACCGUAAAGGUUCUAUGAGCAGGGAACUACUUUCCGACUUAGAAAGGUGCGAUUACAUCAAAAGUCCAAUUUCUAGUGAUGGUCGUUCAGCAGAUGACCAAAAGGAAGAUAUUCUGCAGGUUUGUGUAAAGAAACACAAAAUGGCUGAGACAAAGAGCAAUAGACAAGACUUUGUUUCAGUUACUCCAUACUUUAGGGCUGAAAGAAUAGACUGUAAAGGUUCCAUGAGCAGGGAACUAUUUUUGGAAUUAGAGAAGUGCGAUUAUAUCAAAAGUCCAAUUACUAGUGAUGGUCGUUCAGCAGGUGAGCAAAGGGAAGAUAUUCUGCAGGUUUGUAUAAAGAAACCCAACAUGGCUGAGACAAUCAGCGGUUCCCUGUUAUUGGUGGGUGCAGUCUUUAUAAAGCCUGAUUCUGAAGAGAACGAUUCGGUGUUGGGUUUUGAUUCAUUUGUAUAUUGAAAACAACAUUUUGAAUCUGAUGCUUAGCAAUGGCCUGUUCAUGUGUAUUUAACUUCUUCAACUGGGAGGCAACAAGCAUUCCAAAUAAAUCAUUUUCAUCUUUUUC